AUGACUAAUUUCAUCAUUCAACUGCGAAAAAACGUUCGGGAAAUUGCUCUAUCAAGUUUUGUCAUGGCACUUUUCUACUUAACCUUUCAAAAAUGGUACGACUUCACUCUGCUUUUCCCAUUCUCCAAGUUCCAACUGCACGUGCAACCGCUUUCAUCAGUUCAUUCAUCGUCCUUGGAUCGCACAGAUGCAAUUCACUUCGGCGACGACCCGCACUCGUCUGACAUAUUUUUCGAGUUGGACGUCCAGGAGAAAUAUCUUCUGCGUAAUAUCGUAACGGCAGGAGCUUCGAAACAUGGUGGCUUCAAUUCAUCGAAUCUUCCGGCAUCCAACAAGAAGCUCGUCGAAGAGUAUGCAAAUACGAAAAACAAAUACAUAGGUUAUCGAGUUACAAGUUUGUCCGUUCCCUGCCUGAUGUCUUCUGCAAAUAAUGCCUGGCAUCUUAUUUUUGGGCUACGAAAUUCUUAUUACAAGUCAUUCUUUAUUUAA